AUGAGCAAAGAUUAUCUAAACUUUAUUUCACCCGACGACCUUCACCUUUACACAUCUUUGACAUCCCUGAGGCCGGUGACACAGAACAGACAAGGUAUCGGCAAGAUAAACAACGCCCCGACAGAUAAAAGCGGCUCAUCACGUGGCCACCCCCCACCCUCGGAGCCCCCCUGGUCGCCCUUUGACCCGCGACAGCCCUCGCGGCCCCACGAGCGUUACCAUGACAACUACUGGCCAUCCACCCAUGGCCAGCCGCCCAAAGACAACUUCUCCGGCAUGAACAGACGCCGCUCGGAUGGUCAGUAUCUGUCCAGCUCGCCCAGCGGCCACCACCAGCAGCAACGCCAGCUGCUCGUCACGACCAAAUCCUCGCCCAACCUCGCCAAGCCGGACGUGCACGAGGAGGAUGAGCACGUCUCGCCGAGGGCACCGACUCACAUAGUCUCCACAAAGUCCAGCCCCAACCUGCUGGACGACCUGGGCGGCGAGUCCCGUCACCUGGACCUCGACCAGCGACUCGUGGCGCCCUCUAGCAUGACCCGGUCCUCGUCUGACUACAACGUCAAGCAGGGGAUGUACACAUCUAACUCGGGGAGGCCGUACAACCCGGAUAUGUACAACCCGGAUAUGUACAGCCCGGAUAUUUACUCCCCGGAUAAAAAACUCCGGCACUCGCUGCCCUCCCACAGCCUCCAGCGCUACCAGCCCGACUACGAGAACGUCAACACCCUGGUCUCGGCACCGUUAAGGAGCGAGAAGAUAUCCGAGAUCGACGACAUCGACGAGGUGACCGGCAGGGACAGUAACCCUCAGUCCCCGGAAACCAAGCCUUACAACCCGCUAGGGGGCGCGGGUCUACCCACCCGCGACCCGGCCAGCCUUAAGUACAUUAAAGUCAAUCAAAACCACGAGAAGUAUCCCUCCUGGCCGGUCACAAAACCCAACGGCGCUUCCGAGCAGACGCAGCCAAUCAACACGCGAGCUCAGUCCAUGACGGACAACACCAACACAAGUAAGGAGUUUCCUCAGAAGCAAAGGCUGGCUUACACCCCCGGGCUCCGGCCCUUGCAGGAGAAGAACAGCCCCGUGGCUGAGAGAAAGGGGGACGACGGGAAGGGCAGGAACACCAGCGACCCUGGGCUCAAGUCCGAGUUUGUUUACGAUAACCUCGGCCGUGUUAUCAGGCGAAAGUACGACAACAACGAAGACAAGUUUGAGGAGUUCUACAAAAACUCCGUACCGGGAUACCCGCCUCCCAAAAUGGAUCCAGACGGACACAACUUCGGGGAUAAGGAGUACAAUGCCCCCUCCCCUCCGGAAAGAGAAACCAAAGGCAUAGACAAACAAGAGUUAUCGUCCAUGUUAGGGAACAUCGGGGAACAGGGCUCUCAGAGGGAACCAGGUCCACGACCAGUAGGAUCUAGCCAGUUCCUCUCCAGCUCCAUGCAAAACGUCCGCCCGUCGAACCUGAACAUUAAAAAUGAGAAUCUUCCGUACGGACAAAAUACCCGAGUGGAUUCUGGAACCAGCCCGCUGGAUGCCAGCCCGAUGGAUAAAAACUUUCAGUCAUCCAGCCAGAGGGACAACCGGUUUCACUCGGACGCUCUGCGGCCAAAGUCCUGGCAGGAUCCGUACAAACAGUCGCCGCCAUCUUGGCAGGAGAGGAACUAUCAGGAUUUCCGAGAACCCAAACAGCCCACGCCAAACUCCGCUCCCAACAACCAAAGUCCGGGCUAUUCAAACCUCAGGUCGUCCUACCCUUUCAAGAAUGACUCUGUUGCACACAGUGAAAGACCGGCAGAAAGUGCCGGCUCUCCCGGCUUGAAUGUUUCUCGAGACAAGCAACAGCCCAGUGAUAAAAAUAGACCGUACAUCGUCAAAUCAACGCCUUACUACAACACUAGCACCCAGACCGAGAUGAUGCCUUACGCCAUCAAGAUGUCCAACCCGUCUUCUCUUGCCUCCAAGCUGAGAAACGCUGAGACACAGGUGGGGGAGUUCGGAACGCAAACUUCACCAAAAAGUGCCGACGACAAUUCUAAAAUGUUCGAGGAAAAAUCAAUCCAGGCUAGAAUGUCUCGAGAUUUCCAACCCCCUGACUCCGAGUUUGAUAGGAAAUUUCCUAAAGAUGGGGGAAAGACUGAGGACGUUUUCAAAUAUCCGUUUGUUUCCAAAUCAACGCCUUUCUCCGGCAUUCAAGACAUCCAGGCCAAAUACGCCACGGAUGAGAGUCUGGAUACCGGAACGGCCAGUGCCAGUAACAAAAACGGGUUCUCCAGUCUUGGCGACAACUCCGCGUCGAUUCUCCGUAAACUCUCCGAGGAGUUCUACGGCAACCGUCUCGGCAUGAUGCCGGAGAAACGGAUGUCUUCCGCGUCGUCGCAGGAAGCGUCACCAAGACCGGACCCCGCCGCCAACAUCCAGCAGCCGGGCAUGCGCGAGGCCGAGUCCUACAGCAGUGUGGUCAUCCACCACGACGUGGCCAGCGGCCUGUUCGGGCGAGACGACUUCGGUUCCGUUUCCAGCAUUGCAGAUUCUACGGCGUUUUCAGAGCCCAACUCGAGCUUUAAGAACAAUGAAUCCAGAACGAGACGCAGCCUUGACCCCAUUUUUACUAGUCAGAAAGCCAGGUUCCAGCAGCAUGACCCGAGGGUGUCGUCCUCAGUGUCCGGGUUGGGUCACCACAGAGAGUUAAGUGCCCCUUCUUCAACCAGCUAUAACCCCCUUGUUGGGAGCCAGCUGUCGCCUAGCACCAGCACAAAACCCUACAACUUUCCCGUGAGAAAAUCUGCGGACGCUGCCGUCUUCUCUUCCCAUUCUAAAAGUGGCUCGUCAGACUCCAGGUCCACCAAUAGCGGUUCUAUAACUAGCACUUCCGAAUCUCCGAUUGGGCCUGGUGGUCAGCUGCCGAGUUCAUCGACCUCUACAUCCGGUCAGCCAAAACCAGCAGAUGAUGUUCAAAGGAAGCGUUUGGACUCGGACUCUGUGUUCGUGACGGCCGAAGAUGACCUCCCGGAUUACGAGUUCAACCGGAAGCCGUCGAUGCGGAAAGCGUACGGCAUCUAUGACGAGACGGAGCGUCUCAUAUCCCAGAACAAACUACCAGCCAAAGCCAGUGACUCCGCGUCGCAACCCGACGGAAACACGUACGUCCCGAUGUCUCGCGUCAGUAAAUUCUCUGACUCCUUAGGUCUUGGCCUGAUCCAGGAAGAGUCUGACAACCCGAACCUCGGCGAGGAUCAUUCUUCCACGGUAGUUUCCGGUUCUGAGAAACUCAACUCGGGAGUACGGACGCCCUCGGAGAAAGUUGACGAGAAGAAGAAGUACCCCUGGCAGAACGAGGCGUGGCUGAAGAAGCAAGCGGACGUCUCUAAGAUGAGCAACCUAAAGAGGACGACGUCGGAGCAGAUCCCCGUCAUCAAAACAAACGCCAGCUUCAAACUGUCCAGCUACGACACGGACAGCGGACGGUUCCAGAACCCUGACCACGCCAAAAUCCGGUCAUUCCCAGGCCCCUCGCCGGCUUUCAUCAACUACAAAAACAACCAGCCUGCGCAUGCGCGGACCCACUCUGAAGACCUGAGCCAGAGCGAGUCGGAUCUGAAGCGGCGCCAGCAGCAGGCACUCUUGUCCUUCUACCAACGUAAGACCCACGAGCACGUGCAUGCGCGUGAUUUCUCCACAGACUCGUCCAUGUACGAGUCGAUCGAGAGCACAAAUUCAUCCGAGUCCGUCGCGGACAUCAUCUCCAAGGCCAACGAAAACCUGGCCAAGAGCGCCCAGCGUGUGGACAGCAUCCGGCGGUCAAACUCAUCCUCCUCCCGGGGUUCCGCGGAUUACAUGGACAUGGGCAAGUCCGACAACCGGCUACGUCGCGAGACCGAGUGGAGUCGGCUCCGGUCCUCCGGCUCUCUGAGAUACAGCCCUGAUCAUGACCGGUACAGCCGGUCGAACAGGAGCUCUUUCGCCUCCGAGAACCACUAUGAGGACAUCAGCAUGUUCACCCAGUCGACGCGCAGGGAUUCGAUCGCUGAAUCCAUGGAUAUUAAUGUUGAUCCUAGCACCGCUGACGCGAGCAUGGACAGUGGGCUAGUCGCAUCUCCCACCUACCAGAACUUCCCCUCUAAAAGAAGGACCCCACCCCCCGUGCCCCGCACCCCAAGCCCAGACAGCACCCCUCCAGCCCUGCCCCCGAGGAAGUACCGUGAAGCCCAACAGAACGCUGACAACAAGCCCAGCAAUGCACAGGAGGCGCCACGGUCUCCCGUCUCGCCCAACGAGAAGAGCCGCAUCACCGUCAUACCCCUGGGCAAGCAGCUGGACGACCCCGCGGUGGAGAACGUGCACAGAGAUUUCAAGAGCUUGAGGAGCCAAUGGGAGAACAGCUCGCCGAGGGAGGAUAAGUACGCGGCGGAGCUGAGGAAACAGGCACAGAGACUGAGCGGGCAGCAGCACCCUAGCGCCACGCCCAUGACGGUGCUGAUGUCCAAGCCAAAGACGAACAUUGCCACGACUUUCAUGCGCGAACCUGCCCUGCCACAAGAGGCUGUCUCGCCAGCUUCUAACGCGCCAGCCACUUCCUACCAACCACCCAACCUCCCAACCACAUCCUACCAACCAUCCAACAUCUCAACCACAUCCUACCAGCCACCCAACCUCCCAACCACAUCCUACCAACCACCCAACCUCUCAACCACAUCCUACCAACCACCCAACCUCUCAACCACAAGGCCAACAAACGAACCAGCAAACUCGCCGGGUAGUGUCACGAACAAAUCCAUCGGACAGUCCUCGUCUCCACCACAACCCACCCCUCCACCAUCCACCGGAAGAGCUUUCGCCCUUGAAGACACCCGCUCUAGAAGCAGCUCCGAGCUCGUGACCAACCACCAUGGCGGCGCUGGUCAGCACGGGGUCAAGACCAUCCCCUACGCACUCAGGGACAGGAGCGCCUCUGACCACGACGUCCUGUCGGACAGGCGACAGAGGCAACACCCGCACGAGACUCACUUCGGUGCCUCGCCCGAGGGUCUGCCGGUGGCCGUCACACAGUGGAGGAACGGGCGUGGUCCCGGGGAGGGAGAAGAUAUCAACAGACCAGACACGGGGUACGCGGCUCACGCAGAGGACGAUUACGUGGAUAGCUUGGAACAGGACGGAUUUGCAGAAGGCUCGUACAUAGGACACAAGAACAAAAAGACGCGCGCUAUUGGCACCUACCAGAGGUCAAAGUCCGCGGCUGUCUUGCCGGACAACGGCGCGGACAGCGAGGAGCAGAAGCUCGGACAGCAGUCCUGGAACAGCGAGUCUGUCCUGACCCACACUGACUCGAAGGAUGAUGGGGACAGCGGCGCGGUCAGUUCACAGGAGAGUUUGGUCUCUGCAACCGUCGCCCCACCCGUACGCCCAGCCCGGCCUAGUCUACAGGCCAGACAAGCAGGUCACCCCACAGGUGGCGCUUCAACACUUCCUGCCGUGGAACAGCAGACGUGGGACUCCAGACGACCUUUGACAGAUCCUCGAAGUUUCGACCCCGGCCAACAGCCAGGUCAAUGGUCUGACCAAGGCCAAUAUGAACAUGAAAACCAGUCGUACCGGUGGCCAUCUGAAGAUGGCCAGAGGGCCCAGUCCAGUAAUGGCCCGGUCUCUCAAUACUCGCCUCAGAGGAGGAGUCUUCAGACCGACCCACGGGCCAACUCUCUGAAGACAUCCUCGCCAUCUUCUAGUCAAGACUACAACAAUUACACCAGGGACUUCCGGGCGGAUGAAGAACUACCGCCCAUGUCUCUCCCCCCUCGGGAUUAUCAAAGAAGAGAAAGCGCGCCUGUAAAACCCAUGUCUUCCGCAUCCAGUCCUGAAAACAAACUCACCGUCGUCACCGACACGUCGCGUCGCAGGUCCGACAGCAGCGUGCAGUCGUCUGCUCGCUCUGACCACAGCGGAAGUGACGUGUCUGCCGGACACAGCCGGCAGCCGUCCCAGGAGGAGCUGGAGUGUGACGAGAAAGCCAAGCAGCUGGCCCAGGAGCUGGAGGACAAGGACCAGAAACUGUCGGACGUCCUGAGGCUGGACGUCACCAAGAAACGCAUGCAGUACAUGGACGGCCUCUUCUCAGAGUCCAUGGACGCCGGAAGUGGUUUCUCUGAGAGGCCCGGAUUUAAUCACAGCACCAGGUCUUCGCUCAAAACUUCCAGCCCCCAGCACCAGAAACUUGAAAGUUCGUUGUCUGAUCCUUCUAAGAGAAAUUCUUUACCCAAAGAAUAUUACGUGUCCACGUCCAAAGCUAAGAUGGAGAUGGAACUCCGUAAAAAUGAAGAAGUCGGUAAAGUUAUGACAAGGGACAUUACCGAUAGCAACGCUCUUAUGAAACAGAAGGAAGAGCUGAUAGAUAAACUCCACAAAAAACUGGAAGUGUUGAAAGAAGAGAAGGCUGUCCUACAGCAAGAGAUAGCGGAGAACGAGCAGCUGGGCAAGGAGGUGCUGGUGAUAGUGGAGACCAAGUGCCAGUCUCAGAGUGAAAAAGACAAGUUUAAGACUUACAUAGAUGACCUUGAAAAAAUUGUCAGGCUGUUGCUCAACUUGUCUGGUCAGCUGGCUAGGGCUGAGAAUGCCCUGCAAGCAUUGCCUGCGAAUGUUGACGCUAAAAUUAAAAAAAUGACUGAAGAUAAACGAGAAAGGCUUUCAGCUAAACAUGAAGAGGCCAAGCUACUGAAAGAUGACAUAGACAAACGCAGUGAUCAGCUAAGCCUGGUUUUAAGAGAGAGACUGGACCAUGUGGAGUUUUCGGACUACACUCACUACAUCAAGAUGAAGUCCAAACUGACCAUUGAUCUACAGGAAUUGGAUGACAAAAUUACUCUUGGUGGGGAACAAAUCCAGGAACUAAAGAAAAGUAUACCAGACCGAUCAGCAACAUAGCUUGUGGAGUGGGGAACAAAUUCAGGAACUAAAGAAAAGUAUACCAGAUCGUUCAGCAACAUAGCUUGUAGAGUGGGGAACAAAUACAGGAACUGAAGAAAAGUAUACCAGACUGUUCAGCAACAUAGCUUGUAGAGUGGGGAACAAAUCCAGGAACUAAAGAAAAGUAUACCAGAUCGUUCAGCAACAUAGCUUGUAGAGUGGGGAACAAAUACAGGAACUGAAGAAAAGUAUACCAGACUGUUCAGCAACAUAGCUUGUAGAGUGGGGAACAAAUCCAGGAACUAAAGAAAAGUAUACCAGAUCGUUCAGCAACAUAGCUUGUAGAGUGGGGAACAAAUCCAGGAACUAAAGAAAAGUAUACCAGAUCGUUCAGCAACAUAACUUGUAGAGUGGGGAACAAAUACAGGAACUGAAGAAAAGUAUACCAGACUGUUCAGCAACAUAGCUUGUAGAGUGGGGAACAAAUCCAGGAACUAAAGAAAAGUAUAUCAGAUCGUUCAGCAACAUAGCUUGUAGAGUGGGAACAAAUCCAGGAACUGAAGAAAAGUAUACCAGACUGUUCAGCAACAUAGCUUGUAGAGUGGGGAACAAAUACAGGAACUAAAGAAAAGUAUACCAGACCGUUCAGCAACAUAGCUUGUAGAGUGGGGAACAAAUCCAGGAACUAAAGAAAAGUAUACCAGACCGUUCAGCAACAUUGCUUGUAGAGUGGGGAACAAAUCCAGGAACUAAAGAAAAGUAUACCAGACCGUUCAGCAACAUAGCUUGUAGAGUUGGGAACAAAUCCAGGAUCUGAUUCCAAACCAUAGCCAAUCAGAAAUCAUAGACAAAGUUGGAAGGUGGAUGUUGAGUUACACUUUUAUAUUUGAAAAAAGCUGGUUCCCACUACCUUUUCAAUUAAAAUGUCAGUUUUUUUCUGACAAAACCAAGCAUGUUAGUUUUAUUUUAAAAGUUGCAUUAAUAAAAUUGUGUUCUUGACAAGAUUAAAAACAACUCUUUUUUAGAUUCAGAAAUAAGUAUGUAUUUUGUAAAACAAUUUGUUCAUGAUUAUUACGUUUUAAUUUUACAUAAUUUUUUUACAUAAUUUUUGUAAUGUGUUUUAUUAUGGCUGGAAGUGAUAUGUAUCUGUGUUUUACCAGUCUGUGUAAAAACAAAUUCAUUGACAUGUGUGUGAUUUGAUUAUAUGAACUAGCAUCCUUUGAAAUGUUUGGAAAUCUCAAACUUCAUCUGAAUUUUUUAUUUUAAAAAAAUGUGUUCACUGUCUUUACAUAUUGAAAACAUGUUAGUGAGGUGUGUUAAAUUAUUUAAAAACAUUUACAGAAUUUUAAAAACUUAAGCUUAAGAAGCUGUUUUGAAAUACCUUAUUGAACAGUUUAAAACCAUAUCAUUUCGCUGAUUUAAAUGAAAUUUCACAAUUUUUUAAAAUCCCAUCAUCAAUACAUUUUUUUGGUUAAAAUCUACGGUUUAGAAACAAUUUGAAAAUAUUUUUUAAAGGUGCCACUAGAUAUUCCUUUGUGUUUUUACAUCAAUUUUUUAACCGAAUAUUUUUUU